UCCCAACUACCACCGCUCGUCCAUCUCAAUCAUUCUCUCUCCUCUCCUCUCCUCUCCUCUCCUCUUCAGAAGGGGAAAAAAAGGGUGGGAAAUGACAGAAAUACUCUCAUCUGCAUCUUCCUCCUCCUCUUCAUCGAAAACUGCAGAGCUCGAUGCUCCGCUUCACGCCAUCGGGUUCGAGAUCGACGUCGUCUCGUCCGAUGAAGUUAACGGCACGUUGGAGGUCACUAACACCUGCUGCCAGCCGUUUAAGGUUCUUCACGUCUUCACGGCCCACGUGGCGUCGGGGUUCCGAAGGAUCGCCGGUAUCCAGCUCAGCAUCAACCACCACAGGAGUGCUCGGCUUGGUGAUCGCGUGUUCGCACGUGCCACGCCCAUCCACGUUGGCAAGACUAUCCAGGUUUGGGAGGUUCAUUUGUGGAAGAUAAACCCAGGAUCCAGCCCUGAGAAAAGAGAGCUUUUAGCAUCAUCAAAGGUCACGUUACUAUCGAACAUGCCAGUGCCCAAGGAAAACAAGGAUGCAGGAGAUGCUCUUAGAAAGUAUGCAAAAUUAUAAAUACUGGCGUUUAUACACACUACACCCCUAUCUACAGCUUUUUGCAAUUACCACUGAAAGAGUGGUGUUAUCUGCAUAUUACGAAGGUAUCCAAGAGUGAAUAGUUCUCAAGCUAGGAGGGGAACCCAAUAUUGUAUGGAGUUUUAUUAUUUUGUGUGUAAUAAUCAAGCCAUGCAAGGCCGCAGCGUAAUAAUUGCACGGUUUUGAUCGAUGCAUGUAUAACCUUCUGUGUUAAAGAAAUCGCAUGUUCUAACUUGUCUUCGAUGGCUUGAUCA